UGGCCAAGCAGCAGGGCCUUGCCUUUGUGGUUGUCGGAAGAGAAGAUGGCUCCCGUUCUGGAGAAACAGCUCCCGGGCGCAGCCGGUUCAGGCGACAACAACAACGAAGAGGAAGAAGGACAAAACCUUUGGUCCUCAAUACUGAGUGAAGUUUCAACAAGAUCGAGUUCAAAGUUACCAUCAGGAAAAAACAUCCUGGUAUUUGGUGAGGAUGGAUCGGGAAAAACAACACUCAUGGCCAAACUUCAAGGAGCUGAUCACAACAAGAAAGGGAGGGGACUGGAGUAUCUGUACUUAAGUGUCCAUGAUGAGGACAGGGAUGACCUUACUCGCUGUAAUGUAUGGAUCCUGGAUGGGGACCUAUAUCACAAAGGCCUUCUUAAGUUUGCUGUCACACCUCAGUCGCUACCUGACUGUCUAGCUGUGUUUGUUGUGGAUAUGUCACGGCCCUGGACCAUAAUGGAGUCACUGCAGAAGUGGGCCAGUGUGCUUCGUGACCAUGUGGACAAACUCAGGAUUCCUCCAGAGGAUAUGAGAGAAAUGGAGCAGAAGAUGGUCAAAGCUUUCCAGGAGUACACAGAACCAGAGGAUGCCACCCCAUCCUCUCCACAGCGAAGGGCCCCAACAGCAGGGGAAGACGAGGCCAUUGUGCUACCACUUGGGGACAACACACUCACGCACAACCUGGGCAUUCCAGUGCUAAUAGUUUGCACAAAGUGUGAUGCAGUCAGCGUACUAGAGAAGGAGCAUGACUACAGAGAGGAGCACUUCGAUUUCAUCCAGUCCUACAUCCGGCGAUUUUGCUUACAGUUUGGCGCUGGACUGAUCUAUACGUCAGUCAAAGAGGAGAAGAACCUGGAUCUGCUUUACAAAUAUAUAGUACAUAAGAUGUAUGACUUUCAGUUCGUCACACCUGCCUUAGUGGUGGAGAAAGAUGCAGUGUUCAUUCCAUCUGGCUGGGAUAAUGAGAAGAAAAUUGGGAUUUUGCAUGAAAACUUCACAACAGUCAGGCCAGAAGAUCCAUUUGAAGAUUUUAUCACGAAGCCUCCAGUACGAAAGUUGGUUCAUGAUAAAGAGAUAAGUGCAGAGGAUGAGCAGGUAUUCCUGAUGAAGCAACAGUCUUUGUUAGCAAAGCAGCCAGCCACACCAACAAGAGGAGCAACAGAGUCUCCAGGACGAACAACCUCAGGAUCUCCCAGGCCUGCGGGUCGCACCAUCCAACCAGCUGUAACCAGCGGCUCACCAAUGGCUGCAGUCAAAAAGCCUGACCCUAAUAUGAAAGCGGGGGCUGCCAACGAGGGAGUGCUGGCUAACUUCUUCAACAGUCUGUUGAGUAAAAAGACUGGAGCCCCAGGGAGCCCAGGAACUGGUGCGGUUGGAGCUGGAGUGCAAGGAUCCGCCAAGAAAACAGGGCAGAAGCCGGGUUUGACUGAUGUCCAGGCUGAGUUGGACAGGAUGACUCGCAAACAAGACUCCAUGGUUUCAGCUAACAACAUACCACCGCCAACAGAGAACGAAGCGUGAAGGCAACAAAAACAGCUGCAUCGUCCACUGCGUUAAUACUCUGGAAAAAUAUAUGUACAUGUGAGCAUAAAAAAAAAAAAAAAAAAAAAAUUGACCAAAUUCCCAACGCCUAUAUCCGUCAACACACAGUGGUUUCACCAAAUGAGUUUCAGAUGCUAUCAGAUGUUUUGGUGAGAUGGGAAGAGAGUGGUUGCAGAGAUGGAGGUGUUAAGAUGGCAUGUGCUGAAGGCUUGGCUUUGUUUCUGUCCUCUCUUCCACUGUAAAUGUUAUUUUGUGAGGGAUGUCAGUUUAUGGAAAUGUGUGCACACUCCCCAGCAGCCAGCCUAAUGUGCUGGGCUGUGGACCCCCCAGUCUCUGGGGUAGAACACUCUCCUCAUGGAUUUAAAGAGUGAUUAUAUAUUGUCCUGUGGCCUCCGGUUCAGCUUAUCUCAUGGAAGGAAUUUGGUUGUGAUUGGAAAGUUCUUUAAACAUUAAAUGUAAUCAUUGAGAAUAGUAAUUAAAAUACUUGCAAACAUAUGUAGUAUGUAAAAAAAACAACAACAACAAAAAAAAACCUUGGAUAUGAGACUGAUGUAUUUAUACAAAGUUCCUCCUUUUUAUUUUAUUUUGUGCACCAUUUGUUGGUUAAAGGAAAUGUUCAUCUGUAUCACGUAACAUGUUAAAAUGCCACUGACAUCAUGACACUAAUAUGACAUGUCCAGAUAGCUGAUAGCACAUCAUAUCAUUCGCCCUAGACAUCUCGAAGGAUUCUGUAAAUAUACAUACAUACAUACAAAAAAACACUUCAGGUUAACUUGAUUUUGUACAAAAUGCAUUUCUGUCCAAAUUCUUAAGAUAGCCUCUUUGACUUAGUGAGACUGGUUGGGAUUUGACAAGCUUAGAGGUUGCAACAGAAUCGCUUCUUUAGCUACAGGUGUGUAUAUUUGGGGAGGGGUUUGGGCAGCAUCUUUCCUACUAUAACUCCUAAGUGCCUCGCACAGUUAGCUGUUUGUGUCAUAGUAGAGGUGCUUGUCUGCGCAAGAGGAAAUGCACUGUAGCACCAUUGGUUAAAAGGUUUUUUGUCCAUUUCUUGUCAUCCAAAUAAUUUAUUUCGUUUUACAUUUUUGUUAAUGUACAACAAGCCUGUGGUCUUUUAUUUUUCAGAAAUAAGAUUUCUGUGGCCGAGUUAAUAGUGCGAUUGAAUGCCUUCAUACAAACUGUAAAGGCUGCUGAUAUUAAGAAGAAACCACACAAUGGAACUUUUUUUAGUCCCCCAGACUCACUGUGGUUGAAACCACUCACUUGCAGCCAAAACAAAAACAAUUAUUUGCUGUGGUUUUAACAAAAUCAGAUAUUGUAUCCUUCAGUCUUUGACAGAAUUGUCCUCCUUUGGUUUCUCGUGUUCACUUUACUUCGCACAUCAGUUUCUACAUUCCCAGUUUCUACAUGAAGUAGCUGUAGAAACACAUCCCUGUUUGUCCAGUCAGGUCUUUUUUUUUUUUUUUCUUUGUCUGGCCCUUUUUAGUGCCCAUUUAAAAUGAAAACCUUUGCCUUCAAUGUACAGCUAACAGUUUGUCACACUAGGCCCCUGGCCUUCACAGGAAUGCUCCUAAUUAAUUUGUGUGUCCUUAAGGGGUUGCUUAAUUGUCUUAUGUCAUUUCUAUUAUUUUGUAAUUGAAGCAAUUAUACUGUACCAUAUCAAGUAACCUGUAUUAAUACUUAUGGUUUCAUGACACCAUAAUCAAAAUUAAGUGUACAUGUUAGGUCUGUAUGCAAGGCCCUGCUUAAUCCUACGGUUAGUGUAUUUCAGUAGCUUUUACAGAAUUAAUGGCAAGUGUGAGGAGAGCAGCUAUUUACUAUUCAAAUAAUAGCAAAAAAAAAAAGAAAACUGGAGUGAAUUGGAACACAGAACCAAAGAUGCAUAUUAGUUGCUAUUUUCUGCAUUUCUAGUUGAUAGUCAUUAGAUAAAGAUUAACCAGCGGCCAUGUUUGUCCCACUCUUGCAUAGAGCCCUUGCAUUCCAAACAUCAGACCUGCCUAUAAAAGUCUUUUUUGUUUUUUAAAGAACACCCUAUAAAAUGGUAGGAAUGGCCUCUUCUACUCAAACAUGUGUGGACUUUAGGGAAGCAGCGAGAGAAAAAGAAAACAAACCAACAAAAAAAACCCAACCCUAAUUUGGUUACAGUAACUUAUGGCAAAUUUUCUAAACUUGUCUACAAAUGCUCUGCAAAUAGGGUUUUGUGUCUUUUUUUGUUUGUUUUUCGACGUUUGCUCUGUAAGGGAAUAACAACAAGACCGUAUUCGUGUACAGUAUGCUUCAUGCAUUGUCAGAGUGAUGCUACACAACUAUUCUGGAUUUACUUUGAUUACAAUGAAGCUCUUGUUUUUAUUUUUUCCUUAUUUUUCGUGACUGGGUGGAAUGUGCACCUGAGGGUCUGUUGCCGAAGUGGAUGAAGCACAAAUUAAGAACAGCCAGGAGCAGCACCGCCACAGGUUGAAAUAAGCACUUUUCCUUCGACUUAUAUUAAUUCCUUUUUUGCGACAAUUAAAGCUACAGAAUGCAUUUUUUUUUUCUUUUUUGCCUUUGCCUUUUUAGAGCAUUUAGUCAUGAAACAAGAAGUUAACAUACACAGAAAAACUGCAUUAUUUAUCUGCAUUUGCUGCUGAAGUUGUGGGAGGUGCCCGUGGUGGUUAACUAUGGAAUAUCUCCUUUCUUUAGGCGACAUUGUAUAGUUAAUAUCAAUCCUCCUGUAAUAAUUGUCAUUACAUCUUUUUAUAUGGAUGUUUUUGGGACAUCUUAAAGUAGAUAAACCAAAUAAAUGUCCAUUCAUUUUCAGGUUUGUCCUUUUGCUCAUGAUUUGCCCUCUUUAUUUGUGUUUACAUCCCACUUUAAGCAUGUUUUUGUCUUUGUUUUCAAAAAGUGAUCUUGGUCAUUGAAAAUAUCUUUUUAAAAGAAUUUUGAAAUGUCACUGUAACCUGACUGACCGCCCCAGUUUCUGUUGAUAACACACGGCCACACUUGUUAAAUUUGGCCCUUAGCUGAGUGGAAUGAAGUGCUCUAAUGCUGCUUGGUUCAAAGUUGCACUCGCUCUUUGUGAAGAUUGGAUGCUGCUCCCAAGAUGAAAUAAUGAACUGAUGUAACUUUUGUACUCAAAUGUCAGUUGAAAACAACUGGCCUUUCACAUCCUAACUGAAUUGCCUUCGACCACUAUCGACAGUCUGCAUCUAUAUGAGACUAUGAGCUUCUGCUUCCAGUCCUUCCUUACCUAGUCAGGAUAUCAAGAACAUUGUAAGCACAUGGCUGGCUGCAUUUUUUGUGUGUGUGUGUCCUGGAUUAAUUCAGAAGUUUGAUUGUCUUCAAUACAAUUCUGUAGCCUCUAAGCUGCCAUGUGGAUUCUAGCUUCUUAUGCCGACAAAGAUAAGGAAAAUGUUUAUCGGACCCCUGGCUUCAAUAAAACCAAGAAUCCAA